AUGAGAUCUUUUUUGGGGGGCAUUGUUGCCUUGGCUCUUCAGUCCUCAAUCGCCUUUGGAAAUAAUUGUGACACGAGUAGAUCAAUUCGCCUUGACCUCGAAGACUUCUUCAACAACAAAGCUUUCGGUUCCAAACCUGGAGAGGCUGAUUUUGACUCGAAAGGCAGCUCGUAUCCUGCACCUGAUUUCAUUGAUUCCCUCGACUAUAAAUCUUCCGUCACGGGCAUUCGAUUUUCUUUUCCAGGUUACGUUGAGUCUGGUGCCAAUGACAACAUAAUUUGCGAUGGGCAGGUGAUUGAUGUCCCCGAGGGACAUUUUUUCUCUGCGUCGUUCUUACUGUCUAAUGACAAAGAGCUUGCAACCGUUUCUAAAAAUGUGACCUUUACAUAUGAGGACGGGUCGACAUCGCUCUAUAACCUUCGCACACUGGCGUGGUUUAACCUCCUCACAAUCAAUCGCGGUGAGAUCAUUUUCCCAAAGCGCUUCACGAGUACGGCCGUCAAUUGGAAUACUUCUCAUAUCUUCGAGCGCACUGCUGCGCUUGAUCCUGGGAAAAAGUUGAAGACAAUCACUCUCCCGACAACCACAAAUACAACAGAAGGCAGAAUGCAUGUAUUCGCGAUCUCGCUGCACCAAGGUUCUGAAAUUGGUAUCCAGUCUGUUCGAGGAACCCAGAAGUGGGCCGAUGAUGAUCAACAAUCUCAGCUUAUCGAGGUUACAAUAAACAACGCGGGCUCCGAAUGUGUUUCGGGAGAUGGCCUCACUGUGAAAUUGGAGGGCCAUGGCUUUGAGAUGAAAUCUCCAGGUUCAAUAAAGCGACUAUGCCCAGGAGACCAAAAAGUUGCAACAGUUGCUGUCAAGCCAUCGUCGUCUUUUCUCGGACAAGUGGGAGACUCUACCGUAAAGGCUACAGUUGAAUACAGUGGCAGGGAACAGGGAAAAGUCUUCAAGGGAGUCAAGGUUGGACUCCGAGAGUGGACAUCCGACCUCGACAACUUGGCGGAACAUGAAGCGCCAGACUGGUUCAAGGAUAAUAAGUUUGGCAUCAUGAUUCAUUGUCAGUAUAUCCCGGGUUCUUCCCAGUUUUUCAAGUCACCCAGCUCAAACCGGUCCCAGGGGGCCCUUAUUCUGUUCCUGGAUGGGGGAAUAGCAGCGAGUUCGAAAGCUACUCAGAGUGGUUCUGGUGAGACCUUUGGCGAAGACUGGGCCUAUGACGACUCCUUUGAAGAGUUUACCGGAGAGAAAUUUGACAGCAAAGAAUGGGUGGACCUCUUCGAUGAUGCAGGGGCAAAAUAUUUUGUCAUUACAACUAAACACCACGAUGGAUUUGCCCUUUGGGACACGAAGGAAACAAGUAACAGAUCGGCCCUACACUAUGGUCCUCAACGAGACGUUCUUAGGGAACUCUUCGAUGCCGCAGCUACGUAUCAUCCAAACAUGAAGCGAGGAACUUAUUUCAGUCUCCCCGAAUGGUUUAAUCCAGAUUAUGGCGUCUAUGGAUUUGAUCAAUUCAACAAAACGGAGAACCCGGGAACUGUGAGUUGGCCGGGAGAUCUGGCGACAAAUCCAUACACAGGGGAGAAGGAGACAUACACUGGGCACAUCCCCGUGGGUGACUUCAUACAAGAUCUUAUGGUUCCACAAAUGGAGCAGCUUGCAUAUGGCUACGGUACCGACAUCAUGUGGUGCGACUGCGGCGCCGCGAAUGGAACCGCCGAGUUUGCCGCGAAAUGGUUCAAUCAAGUACGCCAGCAGAAUCGUCACGUAGCCAUCAACAGCCGGUGUGGAGUUCCCCAGGCUGCAGACUUUGACACGCCGGAAUAUCAGACCUUUUCCUCGGCUCAACAUCACAAAUGGGAGAGCAGCCAAGGAAUGGACCCUUACAGUUACGGGUAUAAUCGUGCCACUCCAGAUGAGGCAUACAUGAAUGCCAGCACUAUCAUCAAAAACCUCGUGGACAUGGUCUCCAAGAAUGGUAACUUUUUGCUGGAUAUUGGCCCAAGGGCUGACGGAACUAUUGUGGAACAAGCCGCAGACAAUCUCAGAGAGGCCGGGAAAUGGAUAAAGCGUCAUCAAGAGGCUAUCUUCAAUACGACUUACUGGUUUAUACAAAGCGAGCUCGAGGGGCCGACUGAAGCCAGAUUCACACAGACGGAUGAUGCUUUCUACAUUCUCUUUUUGGAUAAGCCUAUAGUCCAAGGUGGAUUUGUUGUUAUCCAAGCUCCAAUCCCUGUGCUGACUGGAGAUGAUAUAACUCUGCUUGGUGGGGACGAUGCUGUAUCGCUGAACUAUGAGAUUUCAGGUGAUGGAAGUGAGAAGUCUCUAAGCAUUGAAAUAGAGGAGAAAGAGCUGGAAAGAGAGGAAUUCUGUUGGGUUUUCAAGAUUCAAUAUAAGAGAUAG